UUUUCUUCCCUCCUUCUCUUCUCUUUUACUUGGUCACAUACAUCCUCACACAUACAUAGACACAAACACACAUAUAUACACAGACGAGGACUCCAGUCCUGCUAUGGCCAACACCACCAGCCCAGAGGAGAGCUCUCCCGCCCAGGGCGCCGUAGCACCAUCGGAGCCUGACCUGGAAACUAACGUAGAACCGGACUCAGCAGCAAAGCCUGAGCCCAGCGAGGCCUGUUGUGAGAGAGAGGAUGAAGAAGAGGAAGAGCAAACAGCACCAGGGCAGGAGAAUGCUCGAGGUCAGAGUGUGGAGCCGGAGUGGGUGGAGGAGAGAUUCAGGAUCAAUAGGAAGAAAUUGGAGACCAUGUUAUAUGCUCCAAGGGUUGGAGAUGCUAUGACAGGCGAGGAGUUUUUUGAGAGAGUGAUGAAAGAAACUGACACUCAGGUGAAAUGGCCUUCCAAAUUGAAGAUCGGAGCCAAGUCAAAGAAAGACCCACAUGUGAAGGUGGAAGGGAAGAAAGCCAAUGUUUUGCAAGCCAAAAAGAAGAUUCUAGAAGUUCUCGAAACUCGGGUAAACAAGGUGACCCUCAAAAUGGACGUGGCUUACACAGAGCAUUCCCAUGUGAUUGGCAAAGGUGGCGGAAACAUCAAGAAGGUAAUGGAAGUCACUUCCUGUCAUAUCCAUUUCCCAGACUCCAACCGCCACAACGCUGCAGGGGAGAAAAGCAACCAGGUGUCAAUUGCUGGACCCAUCGAGGGAGUGGAAGACGCCAGGAGGAGAAUUAGAGAUCUGCAGCCACUGACUUUAACCUUUGACCUGCCUGUCAGCCUGGCCCCUCAGCCCCUGCCAGAUGCCAACUCACCUCUCAUCCAGCAGGUGGUGCAGACGUUAGGGGUGAGUGUGAGCUUCAGAACGGUACCACCGCAGCCUCAGGCUCAGCCUGCCUUCUUUGGGAGCUGUUGCACAGUGUGGGGCCUGCAGGGUAACACCCCUGCCGUUAAGAAGGCGACCUGUGUUCUGAUGGAGCUGCUCGUGGGUUCAGAGGUAACAGGGAGCGUUGUGACCAGCCAGCUGGAUGUCACCUCGCAGCAGCAUCUCUUCUUGCUGGGGCAGAACGGAGCUCACUUCCUCAGUGUCAUGCAUCACACCCAGACGCAGAUCAUUCUACCGGACCUCAGCGCACCCCAGAACCUCCCCUCACUGGUCAUCCAGGGCAGCCCUGAUGGAGUGUGUCUGGCCCGGCAGCAGCUCAUGGACUGUCUGCCUGUGUGCUUGAUGUUUGACAUGCGGGAAGAUGUGGAGGCAGAUCCCUGUGCGCUGGCUCAGAUGAUGCAAAACCUUGGAGUCUUCAUAAGUGUCAAGCCCAAAGUAAAGCAGACCAACAAGUCGGUGGUGGUGAAAGGUCUCGAAAGGAACAUCCAGUGUCUUUAUGAGGCCCGUCGGCUGUUGCUGGGCUUGGAUUCUUAUGACUCCACCAAGGUAACCAAUGUGGCCCCUGAUCCCAUUCUGGCUGGGAAUGAGUUGACCAGCUAUUGGCUCAACAUGUUACUACAGCAGCUGCGUCUUUCGGAACAUGGCCCCAUCCCUGCACCUAUUACAGAGGUUCAAAGUGGUACAAAGGCUCGCCCCUCACCUCCACCCGGGCUACCCUCUCCCACUGACGAAGUGCGGGCAGGACUGAAGGGAACAGACAGUCGUCCACUGGAGAAGAUCCUCGAAAAUGAUGACCAGUCUGGCCAAUCGGAUGAUGAGAGCUCGAAGGACAUGGUGAUGAUGACAUCAUUAGAGGAUGCAAUCAACAUCUCCACUGGCCCUAGGGUGACAAUGAUGGGUCGGAGGGGGAGUCUACAGGGUCCAGAGAUGAGCAAAGUUUUCAACCAAGCCCGACGCCACUCUACAGGGCAGGCGUUUACCUGCAGGAUGCUGAAUGCAGAAAUGGAGCGAGGGAGGAUGGAGCGGAGGAAUAGCCUUAGGAGAGACGUGAUGCUGUCCCGGGAUGUUUGCGCAGAUGUCUCGGAAUCGGAGGUUUAUGACUAUGAGAAGAAGAAAUUGCUGGCGACCAGAGCGAUGCAGAGAAAGCCAGUGGUGACUGAAGUGCGGACACCCACAGACACUUGGAGCGGUCUUGGUUUUUCCAAGUCCAUGCCAGCGGAGGCUGUAAAGGAGCUGCGGAACAUCAGCCGUCGAAGCUACAAACCCUACUUGAGCACAAGCAGCGGCCAGUCAUGGGCCAACCAAAGCGGGGCAGCGUCUCAUGGGAGCAAUUCGGACAACUGGAGGGACAGACGCGGAUCGCAGCCCGCCUCCUCAUCUUCCUCCUCGUCUGCUUCUUCUCCAUCCUCCCCACCAACAGCCUCCUACUCAUCCUCCGCCCACCUCCCCACGUUCGCAUCCAACAGAAACAGAAAUGACAAACCCACUGAGGGCUUCCCGGGCUGCAACUAUUUUGAUGACUUGUGCCCAUCAAGGAGGGCAUCCACCUGCAGUCAGCGUAGCCCUUCCUCCCAGAUAAUGGAUGAUCUACCGGAGCUCCUCAGCCAGCUGGGGUUGAUGAAGUACAUUGAUGUGUUGGAGCAACAAGAGAUUGACUACCAGACUUUCCUCACACUGUCUGAUGAUGAUCUGAAGGAAGUGGGCGUAUCCACAUUUGGAGCCAGACGCAAGAUGCUGUUGGCCAUCUCAGAGCUAAACAAGAGCAAGAGGAGACCUUCAGACACAUCCAGCGUCAAGUCUGGAUACCUGGAAGGUGGUGCUAGCGGUCGACUGCCACGCAUUGCAGACAUGGAAGUCGCUGCUCUGAGUAACCGCUGGUGAAAGGAGCUUUUCGCCAACUUUGAUCUUGUCAGUUGUUCUAACAGACUUAUCAUUUUACUUAAAUCAGAAACAACAACGAACAGCAUGUAGGCCUUAUGCCAACAGCCAAAUUCCAAAGGUUUUUAUACAAAAUAAUGACAAAGAGGUCUUCUCUUCCAAACUUAGUUUUUUUUUUUUUAAUGUGAAAAAGUCAAAUGUUAUAUGGAAGUUCAUGAUAGUUCUAAGGUGAGGUUGAUGUUUGCCUUUCUUUCUGCAAAAUGAUGCUUUAUGCUUUCACUUCAUUAAUCACUAUUUUGAUGCAACUGUAAAUAGGUACCCCCCCACCAAUAAAAGGAUACUAUACUGUG